AUAAUAAUCAUAACUGCGAUAAUGCAAGUGUCAAGCAGUUAAAUGAUGGCAUAGGAAAUAUAACUUAUCCGCCAAAUACUUAUUAUAGUUAUCAAAAUAUUAACAGUAAUAAUAGUUUGCAAACAAACACUAAUAAUAAUAAUAGUAAUAAUAUUAGUAAUGGUAAUAAUUAUAAUAAUAAUAACUAUGUGUGUGUAAGUAAUGAUGGCAGCGAUUGCUUUGCCAUUGAAAGUAAUGCUAUGAUUGACGCCAAAAGGAUGGCCACAACUACUGGCGCGACGAUUAGUGACGAGAAUAUGAUUGACAUUGAAAAAUGUAAAUUAAGAUUGAGUGCAAAGUUUGACGAUUAUUGUGCCAAAAUUAUACGGGAUAUGAAUACCAUCGGGGUAUCAGUUAUUGACCACUUCAUGGGACAGUUGGGCGAACUUGUGCUCCAAGAAGUGCUCUAUUUGUACCAAACGGUGGUGUUCAGCGAUGGCAAAGUGGUCAACAACGAGAUGGUUAGGGACAGCGCCGGGAGUCGGGAGAAGAUCAGAGGCGACUCAAUCUAUUGGGUGAACGGAAGUGAACCUAAUUGUCGUUUCAUAAGCCAUUUGAUGACUACAUUGGAUCGCAUUGUCUUCAAGUGUAAUAAAAUGAAUAACAAUGGCUUAAUGGGAAUCAAUAGCAUAUCCAGCCGUACGUCAGCGAUGAUUGCCUGUUAUCCUGGACAAGAGUCAAGUUAUAAACAACACGCGGACAAUACAAUAGCCGACGGCAGAUAUAUUACAUGCAUUUACUAUAUCAACAAGGAUUGGGUGCCCGCUAGAGACGGCGGUUUGUUACGCAUAUACCCGUCGCAAGUGUCGGGUCAACAGCCCCUGAAUAUAGCGCCAGAGUUUGAUCGGUUGAUAUGCUUUUGGUCGGACAGACGUAACCUUCACGAAGUGCUGCCCACCCGUCGGCUCAGGUUUGCGAUCACUGUCUGGUAUUUCGACGACGAAGAGAGGCGACGCUUUCGGCAGAGGGUCGCCAAAUCACGGGCUAAAUAGUGCCCAACACUGGUCUACCAUUUCGUUCAUACAGUAUACAAAAUAUUCAAAAUGUGUUGAAUCUCUCACCCGUUUGGCUGUCAAACUUAUU